AUGGCGGCAGCAGCAGCAGCGGCAACAGCGGCGGGGGGCUCGCUGGGGUCCGGGCCUGGGGGGGCAGUCGGCAUGGCCGUACCCCCAACGGCUCCGUGCGGGGCGGCGGCGCCAGCGGCGGGGGUCUCCGGAGGGCUCGGGCCGGUCCCGGUGCCCAUGAACCUCUUCGCCACCUGGGAGAUCGACCGCUCGGCGCCCAGCUGCGUGCCCAGGCUGUGCAGCCUCCGCCUGAAAAAGCUGACCGUGCUGAGGGAACUGGACAAGGAGCUCAGCUCCGUGCUCAUCGCCGUCAAGAUCCAGGGUUCAAAGAGAGUCCUGAGAUCCAAUGAAUAUGUUUUACCCCCUGGAGGCUUGAUGGAGACUGACCUGGAACUGACAUUUUCAUUGCAGUACCCGCAUUUCUUGAAAAGAGAUGGUAACAAGCUGCAGAUCAUGCUGCAGCGCCGAAAGAGGUACAAGAACCGCACUAUCUUGGGCUACAAGACUCUGGCGGUGGGCAUCAUUAACAUGGCUGAGGUCAUGCAGCACCCGACAGAUGGAGGGCAGAUCCUGGGCCUGCACAGCAACAUCAAGGAUGUGAGCAUCCGGGUGGCGGAAAUCAGCAUUUACUCCCUCUCGAGCCAACCCAUUGACCACGAAGAUGGAAACGUCCCGUCUGGUCCCAAAAUCAAAGCUUCUGAUCGCUCUCCAGAUAUCGAUAACUACUCCGAAGAAGAGGAUGACAGCUUUUCCUCCGAGCAGGAAGCGAGCGACGAUGCAGUGCACGGCCAGGAUUUAUAUGAUGAAGAGGACGAAGUGAGGAAGCCGAAGAAAGCCCGGCGGAAAAUGAUCAGGACCACAUCGAUGACCAGGCAACCAAACUUCAAGCAGAAAUUCGUUGCCUUGCUGAAGAGAUUUAAAGUGUCGGACGAGGUGUUGGAUUCCGACCCGGUGGAUCAGACCCAAGAAGUGGAGGAGGACCUGGGCCUGCUUUACGACAGCCUCGAGGAGUGCAACAACAGCGACAGCGGCCCGGAGAUCGAGGAUAACGAGAGCGUCCACAGCACGCCUAAGCCUACCCUGAGGCGCUUCUUUGAGGGCGUCUCUCACUCUGGUUCCCAGACUGAGAUCAGCAGUCUGCAUGGCCAAAAGGGGCAGGAGAGAGAGCCGGGCAGCCCUGAAGAAGCAGAGAAGCGGAAAGUGGGUGCCCCUCGCCCCCAAGACGAGGCUGCCAUGGAAACCGUGGCUAUGGAACUGGAGGCAGACGAAUCCUGCCCAGGAGGAACCCCCGAGACGGUCCUGAAGGAGAGCAGCCUGGACCGGCUCGUGCAGCUGAACAGCGUCAGCAAGCCGGAGUUCCCAGCCACCGUUUCCCCCAGCAAAGCCGAGAACAAGCAACUCUGGCGCCCCCGCAGCAUGUCCAUGAAGGACAGGCAGAACUCCAAGGGCCACGGCGACCGGACCGGCAGCCUGGACAGCGAGAGCUCCCCGGACUCCCGGCAGAAUACCCAGGUGCCUCGGAAGUCUGUGUACGACCAGCUCAACCAGAUCCUGGUCUCGGAUGAGCAGCUGCCGGAGAGCAUCAUCCUGGUGAACAUCGGCGAGUGGCAGGGCCAGUAUCUGUGUGAUCAGCUCCAGGAGCACAAGCAGCCCAUUGUCUCCACGUGCUCCAUGGCGGACGUCCAGGCUGCCUUCAACACCAUCGUUGCUCGGAUCCAGAGAUACUGUAACUGUAAUUCCCACAUGCCUCCCCCAGUGAAAGUGGCCGUGGCUGGGGACCAGAGUUACCUGAGCAUCGUCCUGCGCUUCUUUGUGGAGCAGCUGGCCAGCAAGACCCCGGACUGGCUCAACUACCUCCGUUUUCUCGUGGUGCCCUUGGGCUCUCACCCCCUGGCCAAGUACCUUGGUUCUGUGGAUAACAGGUACAGCACCUUGUUCCUCGAUGCCGCGUGGAGAGAGCUCUUUAGCCGAGUCGAGCCCCCAAAUUCGGACCCUGUGGACGUCCCUGGCCGGGUGGCCCAGUUCAUCACAGGCGCCAACGUGUCCCAUCAGCUGCCCAUUUCUGAAGCCAUGUUGACCUACAAACAGAAGAGGAAAAGAAGCCUCUAUUUUGAUUUUUAUAUCAGUCCGGAUGAGGAUUCCUGCCAGAAAUUUGUGCCGUUUGUUGGGGUGGUGAAGGUGGGACUCGUGGAGCAAUCCUUCAACACCUCAGUUGAUUCCGAUGAUGCUACCAUCUGCACCACCUCACUGCUAAGCUCAUCUUCACCAUCUGGUGGAGGGAUGCCCUAUACCAAGGAUACAGUGGGUACACCUCCGCCCUCCCCGUCUGUAAGCAGUGGGCUCUCGGGAGCCGGAAAUCUGAGCCCCGGUGUGGAGGUAAUGGGUCUGCAGGUAGAUUACUGGACCACUCAGGGGCCGGAAAAAAGAAAAGAAGCUGAGAAGCGGGAAACAGGCAUCAAGAACACCCUGAAAACCAAUUUCCGCUCCCUGCAGGUCAGCCGCAUCCCUGGCCCCGGGGAGCUGACUGCACCGAACACCAUGGCCAUGACUGUGGUCACCAAGGAGAACAAGAAGAAAGUGAUGUUCCUGAGCAAGAAGGCUAAAGAUAAGGACUUGGAGCCGAAGAGCCAGGUGAUUGAGGGGAUCACGCGCCUGAUCUGCACAGCCAAGCACCAAAACACCAUGCUGCGUGUUUGCAUCGACGGUGUGGAGUGGAACGACGUGAAGUUUUUCCAGCUGGCUGCACAGUGGCCGACGCACGUCAAGCAUUUCCCGAUCGGCAUCUUUGGCUACACGAAGAGCGCGUGAUGAGAACCAGGCAGCCCAGAAGGACGGGGGCCCUGCCGGAUGCAACAGAGGGGUGGAGUGUCCAGCUCCUUUGCUUCUGGAGACUGAUUGACUGACCGGGGCCGGAGCCCUCCUCCGGCCAGGGCUCCGCUUGCUCCGUUGGCUCUGUGCAAGGAGCAUCCCGAUUUGCUUUACGUCUCACCCAUGAAUUUUUUAGUUUAACAUGAACUUGGGUCCUAGGAAACGGAAGGGGGGGGAUACAAGCGCACACGGGGCUUCUCAACCUGAACUCUCGGGAGAAGAACGCUAUGGCCAGUCUCCUCCGUUCGAGUGGGGUCAGGAAUGAGAGAGGCCGAGGGGAUACGUACAGCCUCCCCCCACCCCCAACUGGUUUUCAGCUUGUGGCGGCCGCUGGGGCUCGGUUCCCUUCCAUGCCUUGCCUGGCUGGCUUGGGCAAGAACGGGGAAGGCAGGUUCUCUUUGACGUGCAGCUGCUACCUUGCAAAACUCUAGUAGGAAAGAAAUGUGUGUUAACGCCCCUCUUCCUCCUCCUCCUCCUCCUCCUCGGCUUGCUCAGCCAGGCUCACCCAGGAGCAUUCUGGGCAAGCUGGACCUCUGCCCGCCGCACGUGCCACUCCAGCCCUCUCUCUCUCUCUCUCUCUCUCUCUCAGCAUUCUCUGAGAGCUGCUGGGAUCUUGGUACCUUGUUGACUUUUUACCAUGAAGCAGCUUUUCCCUCUCUCCUGUCCGGCCCCUCCCCGGCGCCGUUGAGCUUUUCACUCCCUUGGGAUACAUGCAGGCCAGAGUAUAGAAAGCGACAGGUACAGAGACGGCAGCGAAAGCAGGCGCAGCGUUUAUCUCUGCAGCGGACGCCGCUCCUGGAGAGCAGGUGGGGAUGAGCUGCUUUGUGCGGUUCCCACCACUCUGAUGUUCUUGAGGAAGAUACGGGAUGAGUUGGGCCCGUGUCCCCCCCCCCGGUCCCAAUCACCAGCUGCGGGCACAAGGUCGGGAGGUGGCCCACAACCAUCUGGGUUCGGGGCAGCAUUUGGCUCGACAGCUGCUGAAAAUCAGCAGGGUGGCUCACUCUGUCGCGGCAGAGCAAAGGGAAGGACCACAGAAGGGCUCUUUGCCACUUGUUGACGCCAGUGGAAGUUGACGCCAGUGGGUUAGAAAGGGAAAGGCCUUGCCAGGGAGCGAGGGAGGGGCUGGGGAGAAGGGGGGCCCUUCUCCUCUACCUGUUCUGUGCCAGCGUGUGUGCAGGGUACCAGGAAAGCGGGACAAAAAGGGUAUCUCGAGGGACGGGGCUGCUCAGCCCUCUUCCCAUCAGAUGUACUUUAGCGGCUGGCUGGCUUUAUCUGCCCGUGCCGUAGCGAAGAGAGACUGACUGCUCCUGUGAGUGGCCGCUCCUGUCUCUGUCCCGGCCAGUGAACGGGGGAGCUUCUUUUGCAAUGGAACCAGCUUCUAAGUCCAUACACUCCAUUGGCAGCCAGUAGGAGGCAGCACUCCUGAAACGGCACUUUCUCCGAGCCGCUCUGUGGGCAGCCCGGCGCGACGCGAAUCGGGGGCCCGAGGUCUGCCUUCCCUGCGCUGUGUCCGCUGGGUCAGACCGAGGAGGCUGGCAAGUGUGACGGGGCAGCGGCAUGGUCAGGCGCAAGGACGCACAGGGUGGGACAGGCGCAAUCAGGAGGGAAUUCCCCUUCUUUAACAAUAAGGUCAGAGUACUAAAAGAGAGCUGAAGGGGGACGAGAGAGCCAGACGCCGCAGCGAGGUGUCCUGAGGGAGCCCCCCCCCCGGCCUUCCUGUGGCAGCUACUGCCUCCCUCCUUGCCCUUCCUGACCGGAUCCACCCGCGCCCCCUUCCUUUCUCGUAAGCCCCCCCCCCCCCCCACGACCGCCACGCCAGCUCCGCAGCCAGGGCUUCCCCCCUGCCUCCCUGAAGCUUCUUGCGUCACUAGAACUGCCAAACCAACCUCCCCGGCCUUGGAAGUGUUUCCUACCGAACUCAAGAGACCUAAACUGUGGUAUUGCGCCCUGCCUGGCGGACGCAGCUGCUCGUGGUUAGGAGAGCAGGGACGGUGGGUUAACCCCAUUUUUUACAAGAUUCUAUUUUUGUUAAACUUAAUGUAAGGUUGCUUUCUGGAUUAAUUUUAAUAAAUUAAUGCUGGUACCA